CUCCAUUCAUAUAAGCUGUUAUGAGUUGUUCACGACAUAUCGCGCCAUUUACGUGCUCCACUGUUCACCAUGGGCAAGGCUGAAGUCGGUGGUUCGAGCCGCCAGGGCUGGUGUGCGGUUUUCUGCUUGUUCGUGAGCUGGUUGCUUUGGUCAGUAAUACUCAAAAGUCUUGGUGUGAUGCUGCCUACAUUGCAGGAACAGUUCGCCGCCCAGACCUGGCUGAUCGGCUGGAUGAUAUCGAUCAUUAAUGGCGUUAUUUAUGUCUCAGGUCUCUUUGCUAAACCACUGGAGGUCAUGUUUGGUGCCCGCACUGUAGUGACGGUCGGUGGUUUCUUGGUGGGGAUAUCCAUGAUCAUCGCUUCUUUUUCCACUAGUGUUGUAAUGCUGACACUGACGUUGGCACUGCUAGCAGGACCUUCUAUGAGUGUCGUCAAUAUUCUGUCAAGGAGCUUGAUGGGCCGUCAUUUUACGACACACUAUGCCACAGCAAAUGGAAUUGGAACAUCGGGGGCCUCUGUUGGCUUGAUCAUCGUGGCGCCAUUUACCCAGCUUCUGCUGAAUACCUAUGGCUGGAGAGGUACUUUCCUCAUUCUGGGUGGAUUUAGCCUGCAUCUUGGGGUGUGUGGCGCCCUCUUGCAGUCACCACCGACUGAUGAAACAAAGAAGAAUGGUGAGUACCAGUCACUUGGCCCAGACAUCGAUGAAGCACCAGUGGUUAGCUCACCAAGUGCCGAGGAGACUGGCAAUUCGAAGUUGUCAUCCCGACUUAUCACCUUUAAGGACGCCAUCUGCGCUCAGAUGUCUCAUUUUGGAUUCUCGGUUUGUCUCCGGGUCCCAUUUUGGAUCACAACGGUCAUAUUCUGUUGCAGCAACUUCUGCGGUGCCCAGUGGUACAUCUACUACAUUUCCCAAGCCGAAGCCAAAGGUUUCUCACCGUACGACGCUGUGACAUUCACCACGGCUGCAGGGGUCGGAAAUUUACUUAUCAAGAUCCUGUCUGGCCCUAUCGUGGACCGAGGUCUGCUGAAAUUGCGACCAGCGAUUGUGCUGACUAUUAUGCUGAGCUCCUCGGCUCUACUGAUAACUCCCUUGGUAAAUUCCUACUGGCUGAUGAUGGCCAAUGCCUCCAUCUUUUAUGGCGCUUUUGGAGCAGUUGUCUCACUGAAUGAUCUGUACACCAGAGAGCUACUUGGUACUGAUCUUUUGGCAUGUGCUUUCGCGUGGAUGGAGCUAGUGACGGCCGUGUUAUGUUUCAGUCUUGGAUUCUUUCCAGGCUGGUUAUACGACCAGAGUGGCAGUUACGAUUUGUCCUUUGUCAUCUUGGGAUGUAUAUCGUAUCUAUCGUUGGCGGCGCUGAUGGUGGAAUGGUUCUUGGCUAGAUGGUCAGAUGGCAAAAGUAGGAGAAAUACCGAACGAGAACCGUAGUUCGACUAUCUUCGCUCCAGCCCACGCUAGACGAUCGUAGUUUAAUAACGGUCGAGUCAGUUGAAACAGCCUACGGAGGUUGAUCGCCGGAUGUCUCUUCGUGAAAACGCAAAAUGCAAUUAUCGAGAUAUGUGCCCCUUGUAUCAUUAAUGUAAUUGGGAAAUUAAUGAUGUUUUGGCUUACAGAAGCAUGUCAAAAUGGUUAAGUACAAUGUUUUAAAGCAAAAUAGAGAAAAAAAUUAAGUGACGUAUGUGUCUCUUUGUUAAAACGUUCACGAAUAUGGAUGAAUAAUCAUUUGGCAGUUAAACUCAAUUGCCACUGCAUUAUUUACAAGUAAUUUUGUAACGUUUUCUCAUAUUUUUUGCAAUAUAAUUAUGUACGAAAAAUUUGUCAAUGUAGGCCUAAUGUCAUUUUACAAAUAAUUUUCUUUGCAACAGCAUUAUUUACAAAUAAGUUGUCAACAUUAUGUCUUUAUUCACAACAUUUCUUUUUGUAAGAGCAUUAUUUUUGUAAUAGUUUUUGACAAAGUAUAAUUCUUUAUAUGUAAUUUGCAUGCAUGUUAUCCUUGUUUGCCAAGUCAUUACUUAUUUAAAAUGCUAACAAAGACAUUUUGAUUCAUAUAUAAUCAAUGUUUACAUUUUCUUACUAAUUUUAACACCGCAUUGUACAUGGAGGUUUGAAUAUUGCAUCCAGGAUUGACUGAUUGAUUCUGGUUAACUAAAAAAAAAAGAAGAAUUUCCCAGUAAACUGCAACAUACUUCCUGCAAUAUUAAAAGUGACCACAAUGCUAUUUCACUAAGUAAUAACCUCCCAGAAUAACCCCAGAGGUCCUGGGUUAUAGAAAUUCAGUGCUGAGCUGGUGACCAAUCCUCGGUAUAAAAACAUGUUUCAGAGCAUCAUUAAGCAGUGUGAGACAGAUGAACAAGUAUACUCUCAGACAAAGAAAAUCACUCGGGAAAUGUUCAAAGUAGAAGGUAAGGAAACAUUUUCUUUCAAGGACCAUGGCAAGUGAAAAAAGUACCAGCACUGACAAACUGAGCAAAGAGCUGCUUGUCUUGCAUGGUAGAUGGGACAACUCCCAUAACAAAAACUGAACCUUAAAAUCAGCAAAACAAAACCAGGCUGAGCUAGAACGAAUAGUUGCCUACAAAACAAAAGGUGUCAUCAAUCGCUCCAGAGUGAAAUGGUCCGAAACCUGGUGAAAAAAACCCAAUAAAUAUUUCAUGGGCCAUGAAAAAAUUAGGGCUAUUAAAAAGCUGAUGGUUUUCCUUAAAGCAACAGAUGGUAAAAUUGUUAACGAUCAUACCUCCAUUAUGAAAAAAAAUGUUCACUAUUAUACGGAGCUUUAUUCAUCAAAAACAUUCCUGAUAAAAAAAAAAUCAGUAUUUAAAUGACAUAACGAGUGAUCAAUAAGUCAAUGAAUCGAUGUGAAGGCUUACUGACAAUAAAAGAAUGUGAAGAUGCGCUAUUCGCUAUGAAAAAUAA